AUGGAAGAGCCAGGCAAUCAGCUGACGGUGGAUGUGAUCACUCCUCAAACAUGGACCCAGCAAUAUCAUCCAAAGUCACGCCGUGUAGCCCUGUCGCAUCAGCGCCGGGCAGUCUUCAAAUCCAAGCAGCAUAAAUCGACAAAAUCAAAGGAACUCUUGUUCCAGAAACUCCUUGAAUCGCAAUCGCAAUCCCUCACCCGCAGAUCAUCCACCAAUGGCUCUCAGUUUGACCCGUUUCAAUCCUUUCCCGUCUCCUCCGCUCCAUCCGUCUCACACAUGGCCCAAUACUUUCUUCAAGUCUGGGGUCCCCAACAUGGCCGGGCCUUCGCUUUCGAAGGCCAUAAGAAUCCCUACCUGAGCCUCCUAUGGCCUUUCGCGCUUCAGACCGACAUCUAUUUUGAGGCUCUGGUAGCCCUUUGUCGUGGCACCCUUCUUGUCGUUCAGAGCAAAUCAGCUCACCAAGACAAAGCAUUUGCUUUACACCGAUCAAAUGUUAUGACCAAAUUGCGGCGGAGACUCCAGGACCCCGAACAGUGUGCUGAUGAUGCCACAAUCCUCGUCGUUGCCACCCUUGGAACCAUUGAUUAUAUUCUUGGUGAUCACAAUGCUGCCACCGCUCAUGUUACUGGAAUGCGCCAAAUGAUCAAGAUCAGAGGUGGUUUCAAAGCCAACACCCCUUGGGACCGACUUCUACAGGCAAACGUCACAGCUUAUGAAUCGCUUUGGUCCUUCUUGUUUGCUGCCGACACUACAUCCAACGACAUCAUUCAAAACGCCAGCCAAAUUCUGGGAAAAUCCGAGUUGACUACCUACCUCAGCCACCCAUUCCCCCCCGACGUCUGCGAAAUGCUGGCCAAGGUUCCCAGGGGUUUCUCCGAUCUGGGUUUGACUGGUGUCCUUUCCCUCCAGAUCAUUCGUCUUUUGGCAGAUUUCAAUCAGCUGAGCGUGCAACUGUCCUCAUCACCUGUGGAAGGCAAGUUCGAAAUGGCAUUGCGACCCAAGAUCCAAGGUGUGCUGGAAGACCUUCAUCGGCUGGCAACAUUGCAGACGACACCUACAGAACGUUUUCUAACCAAUGGCCUGGUGGCAUAUUGCUACCUGAUACGAAGCAUAUAUUUCGACGAAGUCCUGACCGGCUUUUAUGAGAACGCAUUGAAAAUCCUUGCAGAGUCCGCACUGAAGCAACCACCAUGUACCAGACUUCCAGAUCGCAAGUGCUACCUCUGGUCAUACACGAUGAUCUGUACUGCACUCGAAACCAGUGUGCACCCUCCGUUGGAGUGGAAGUCUUUGAUGCCCAUGUUCCUGCGGACAUACUCCGAAACCAACUCAUGGAAGAUGCUCAAAAGGGAUCUGGAGACCUUCUUCUGGGAGGACAACCUGGCUCAGCUUUGUAGAACGGCUUAUGACGAGGGCGUCCGGAGGAAGAAAGAAGGCCAAGGUCUGUCGCCCCCUGCGGAAACGCGUCACUCGACAAUGACCAUUCGAAAUGUUGUUCUAUGA